CAGCGUCCUCAGGGCGGCGCCUUUCGGGGCUGAGUCGCCGCUGUUGGCGCUUGGCAUCCGCGGCGGAUCAGCCAACGGAAAGUUGGCGGGAGCUGCGGGGUUCCGAGUCGCUUCUGGAAGCGGCUGCAUUUUAAAAGUGGGGCUAUCGCUGUGGCGGAGGAAGGAGGCGCAGCAGCCAUUGUAAGGGAGAACGGCUUUAGAUUUAAUUCCAAAAGGAGCUGGUGAGCGACCCUGCGGCCUGCCGCUGUGGGGUUCCCCAGCUGCUGCACUGCUCCCAGCCGCCGGUGGCAGGACUGGCGUUACGUCACUCCCCUUCGGCUUUCCGCACGGCCGCCACACCGGUGAGGCCGGGGACCGACACCCCAACCCUCACCACGGCGGCCCCGGCCCGCCUACAGCCCCGACACUCCCUCCGCCUGUUGGCUGCUCCAGGGAGCAUGCGCUUCGGGGCUGGCCAAUCGCCUUGGGACGCCCGCCACGGUUCGCCAUCUUAACUUCGGUCCCUCUGGAGACGGCAGCGUCUAGUGAGCCUCCAACCACCUUCUUGGUUGAGGGCGGAAGCGAGGGCUGCGUGCUGCCGGCAGCUCUCGCCGGUUCUUCGAGACGCACGUGGAAGCGACGCCGGGAUGUUGCGCCGGGAGGCGCGCCUUCGCCGCGAGUACCUGUACCGCAAGGCCCGCGAGGAGGCGCAGCGCGCCGCGCACGAGAGGAAGGAGAAGGUGCGGCGCGCGCUGGAAGAGAACCGCCUGAUCCCCACGGAGUUACGUAGGGAGGCUUUGGCCUUACAUGGCUCGCUGGAGUUUGACGACGCUGGUGGUGAAGGUGUGACCAAUCAUGUGGAUGAUGAAUAUCGAUGGGCAGGGGUUGAGGAUCCCAAGGUCAUGAUCACUACUUCCCGAGACCCCAGUUCACGCCUCAAGAUGUUUGCAAAGGAGCUGAAGUUGGUGUUUCCCGGUGCCCAGCGCAUGAACCGUGGCCGACAUGAGGUGGGGGCACUGGUGCGAGCCUGCAAAGCUAAUGGUGUCACCGACCUGCUAGUUGUCCAUGAGCAUCGAGGCACACCCGUGGGGUUCAUUGUCAGCCACCUGCCCUUUGGCCCCACUGCUUACUUCACACUAUGCAAUGUGCUUAUGCGGCACGACAUCCCCGACCUGGGCACCGUGUCAGAGGCCAAACCUCACCUCAUCAUUCAUGGCUUCUCCUCCCGUCUGGGCAAGCGGGUCUCUGACAUACUUCGUUACCUGUUCCCUGUGCCCAAAGAAGACAGCCAUCGGGUCAUCACCUUUGCAAACCAGAAUGACUACAUCUCCUUCCGACACCAUGUGUACAGGAAGACCAACCACCGCAAUGUGGAGCUGACCGAGGUUGGCCCUCGCUUUGAGCUCAAGUUGUACAUGAUUCGCCUUGGCACGCUGGAACAGGAGGCCACAGCAGAUGUGGAGUGGCGCUGGCAUCCUUACACCAACACUGCACACAAGAGGGUCUUUCUAAGUGCUGAGUGAGCCCAUUCUGUUGUCAGGAGGUGGGUGCGGUCAGAAUAAAGUCUGUGUGCCACCCCA